AUGGUUAAAGGUCGGAAUGGUAAAAAUCUGCUUAUGCUUAACGGAUACACUUAUUAUCAACACAAAAUUCUUCGGGACGGUUUUCGAUGGAGCUGCACCCAAAUGGGGUCUCGAUCUUGUCGGGGAUUCCUGCACGUUACAAAGGAAAUGCUCGUUAUAAGAGCUAAAACACAACACACUCAUCCACCAUCUAGAUAUUUAUUUGCAAACAUCAAAAAGGAUUCGAUAAAAAACGAAGAGAUUAAAAAAAAUUGUGUUGAUAAGGAUAAGUCUAGACUAUCAUUAAAAAUUGCAAGCAUACAAGGACGUGCUGUUGAGUUUUAUCUUCGCCCGAACGGUCGCAUCAACUUGCGUUUGAACAAUUUUACAUUCUACAAACACUUGAAGGCCAGAAGCAACGCGCAUCGUUGGAGCUGCACGGCUUACGGUUCAAAAUGGAAAUGCAAGGCUCACCUGAUAAUCACUGAUAAAUUAGAAGUUCUGAAAGCCAAUGUCUAUCACAGUCAUCCACCUAGCAUGAAGAAAGAAGCUAGAACUUCAGUGAAACCAAAUUUUCCAUGGAAUGGAACUGGUAACAAAGAGAAUGGUAUGUUGAUGGAGAGUAGAAAUGGCAAAACUAUGUUUGUCUUAGAAGGUCAUACGUUUUGCAAACAGAAAUUAAUCCGUGGAGGAGAAGCUUCCCGAUGGAUUUGCAGUCUAAGCCACAGAUGUAAUGUGUACGUGCAUUUGGAUCAUGAUUAUCAGUUGCUUUUUAAAUCCAAACAAAUUCACACUCAUCCUCCCCGAAUUUUUGACUCCUCCGAUUCACGAUUGGUGAAACCUGUUAAUGUCGUAAGAAUUCAGUGUCUAAAAACCUGUGAAAAAAAAAUGUGUAGUGAUCCCACGCAAUUGAUCCACGAACGUCUGCGCUUCGAUUUAUCCAUAUACGUC